AUGUCUACUCCUCAAAACCACGCCGUCGUCUUUGGCGCAACAGGCCUCAUCGGCUGGGCCGCCGUCAAUCAACUCCUCUCAAACUACCCUGCACCCAACACUUUUGCAAGCGUCACAGCCGUGAGUAAUCGACCUCUGGACGCGCAGCGAACAUUCUGGCCCAAAGAGUCUAGUGAAAGACCAAAGGUCCAACUUGUGUCAGGCGUGGAUCUCAAAAGUGGCGAAUUGAAGGAACAGUUGAAGGAUAACGUAGCUGGGAUUGAGAUAACGACCCAUGUCUUUUAUUUUGUAUUUGCACCACAUGAUGAAGACCACCAAGAGGAAUCAUCCGCACUCAACGCGCUCUCUCCUAAUUUGAAGUCCUUUGUCUACUCUGGCGGCACGAGGGGCUACGGCAUCUACAUUCCCGGUGGUAUCUUCGCACCUCCACUUGACGAGUCCAUGGCCGAUACUAUACCUGCGAAUUACGCAAAGACGGUCGCUUACCCGUGGUUUCGCAGGAUUCUCACUGAUGCCUCGGCCGGUCGCGAAUGGACGUGGACAGAGGUCUGCCCCGACGUGGUCGUAGGCUUCAGUGCAAUCGGCUCGAAUUACUCUCUCGCCUUGCACUGGGCGCAGUACCUUUCCUUGUAUGCGAAGAACAACGGAGAAGGUGCAGAGGUUGUGUUUCCCGGCAAUAAGGAAGCCUACAAUGCGCGUUUCACGUCCGUCUCGUCUUCCAUUCUCGGCCGUAUCGCAAUUCACGCGGCGCUCAAUCCAUCAUCGUGCGGAGGCAAGAUUAUCAACAUGUCCGAUCGUGCGGAACCGACCACUUUCGCAGAAGUGUGGCCUCGUAUCGCGUCGUUUUUCGGGCUCGUUGGUGUCGCGCCGGGAGGUGCCGAGGGUCAGCGACCGAGUGAAUACAUCGAGACUCAUGGCCAUCUCUUGGGAGAGUAUGGUAAGACAGCGGGUGUCGGAGCAGGAAGGAAGCAGCUCGACAGUGUUGGUUGGUGGUUGACGUUCGAUCGACAAUUGAGCGCGGAGAGGUUACGAAGUGUCGGCUUCAAUGAGGAACAAGAUCCGUCAGAGGGUUGGAUUGAAGCAUUUUCCAAGUUUCGCGAUGCCGAAAUUAUUCUGUAG